AUUUGUUGUUGCAAAACGUUAUUGCAAAGCCGGGCGAGAAAAACAAAGAAAACAAAACAUUACUUUUCCCCAUUCCCAACUAUAAUCAAUUUUUAAUUAGUGGUAGCUUUAAAUUAAUGACACUUAAAGCCUGGUGCUGAUUUGGUUGUCAGCUCAGGCAUCGUGUUUUCACAUUUGCUUGCCCAAUUUCGACAUGAUUUCCUCAAAUGUCGCAGGAGGACUUAACCAAUUAAGUAUUUGCUCAUGGGACCGGCGUCAGACCAUUGUCCAGAAAGUCCGAAAUGAGUUGGUCAAGCGAAAUAUAAUGAGCUUGGACUAUUUCAACGACUCCGUGGUGAAAUUUAAUAUGAGAAUCACGUCAAUUUGUUGGCACCAAAAGUACCCAUAUUGCUUCGCAGUCGGCUCAAAACAUGGGGACAUUUCUGUAGGAUCGUUAGACAGGAAAUUGGACAACGCUGAAGAUUUUGGGUCAGGAUGGAUUCCAAGCAUUAAGCAAACUGUUAAAGGAUCGGGACCUGGGGGCUCAAUCACGGAUAUGAAAUUUGACCAAAAUGAAAGAAACAUUUUGUACAGAACUUCAAUUGACAGCACAGUUUCGAGGAUUGACUUUGAACAUUCCGGAAAUAGUUUGACAUAUAUGAAUCAUGACAGCUACACAAACUGGUUUACCGCAAUGGACAUUGACUUUCGUGCAAGAAUACUGGCUGCUGGAGACAAUCGUGGAUAUGUGCGAUUUUUCAAUCUCCAAGAUGGAAAACUAAUUGGAUCACAUCAGCUUCAUAAGUCAAAGGUACACCACAUUGAAUUCUGCAAAAGGGAUCCAAACAUAAUUGUAACUGCUGGUCUUUUAAAAGAGUCUUCCGUGCGAAUUUGGGAUAUCCGAACACUGAACUCAAAGGUUGGCCCAUUGGCGACGUUGGAACACAACGCUGGCGUUAAUGCUGCUCGAUUCAAUCCUACUGAUGGAACGAAGUUGAUGACAAGCGAUCAAGAUAGUGAAAUUAGAGUGUAUCCAUUUCAGAGCUCGAUUUUGGGAGAACCAGAACCAAUAAUUAUCAAUCAGUAUCAUCGACAAUUUCAACAUCUCACACCGAUUAAGGCAGAGUGGCAUCCGUUGGCGGAUCUGAUUGUAAUAGGAAAAUUUCCUAAAAAUUCACCUGGUGCUCCAAAAAAUUCAGUGCGAAAAAGCAUAGAAUUGUAUAAUCCAGAAAAUGGAGACUGUGUUGCAGAAAUAUUUCAACCAUCUAAUAAAAUCGUGAGCUUAAAUGUGUUUAACCCAACUGGAGAGCUGCUGGCUUCUGGAAUGAGCUCCGAACUGGUUAUUUGGAGGCCAACUGCUAUUAGAGAUAUUGAUGAUAAUUGCCAGGAAGGUGACAAUGAUAAUCUUAUCAGAUGUGGAAAUUCAAACCAGACUAUGGGAUUGUCUCAAGAUGCUCGAAAUCGCCUCCGAGGUAAAAAUACAACUGGUACUCGUCGAGCUCGAAGGACUCGGGAAUACAGCCCUGUAGAUGAUGAUGACGACGAAAAUAAUGAAAAUGACAAAAAGACGAAACGACCCAGGAAGGUUCCAGCAUCAUCCACAAAGACUAAAACGACUUCCAAGAAAAAGUAAUAUAUUUUUUAAGGCGACCAUCUUCUUUUGCUUUCAGUUCCUCCGAGACAAUUCAUAGGAAUUGUGAACUUGCUUUCCUUUAGUACUUUACUUAUCGACUGAUUGUGAUAUUCAAUAAUGUUGACAAUGCAAAGAUGACUUUGAUACGAUAGAGUCAGAUCUUGCAUAUUUAAUUUUAACUGCGUAAUGCAAUAAUGAUAAUAACGGUGACUGAUUGAUGACUUUCCCCAUACUGGAAUUAAUUGACUUUGUGGUUCUACCGAGUACCUGCUUUGAUUAUACAAUUUUAUUACUAUUAUUAUCCUUCAUAGAACUGGUAAAAAUCAGCCCUUGAGUAAAUCCAUAAUAUGUACAUUAUCUUAUGUUCUGAUCUCUGAACAAUAAAAAAGCCACAAGUGACA